UUUAUAUUAAUGUUAGUUUUUGUUUAGAUUCCAGUUACAAUGACAGCUAUCACGAUGGGAAAGAAGAUCCUCGUGACAUUGAAUCGUCCGACAUUCAAUGUUUUUAUGACAAAAAUUAUCUUAAUGAUAAAUUCGACGAUGAAUUAGAAGAAAAAUCACAAAGUUCAUAUUAUCACGACCAUAGCUUAUCUGAUUACAAGGAUGAUGUUUCAAAACAACAAAAUGAUUCUUUGAAAGCCAGUACAACCAGUAGUACAGACUUUGAAGAUGUGGAAGAAAACAGUGAAUCGCCGUCAAAAACUGGAAGCGUUGCAGAACGUAUGAUGAAAAAAUGGGGUUUUGAAACGGGAAAAGGCUUGGGUAGAGCACUUCAAGGUAGAUCAGAACCAAUAUCGGCGUCUACGCAAAAGGGUCGUCGAGGUUUAGGACUUAAAUUAAAAGAAUUGGAGAAAGCUCAUAUUGAGUUUAAACCAGAGGACGAAGUUAUACAGGUACAAGAAGAAAUUACGUGGCUUCAAAAUGACUAUAAAAUUUUGCCGUCUUCUGAAGAAAUAAUCGAUUGGCAAAAUAAUAGAAUAGAAGGAGAAAGAAAAAAUACCAUAAAUAACGAAACAAUUUUUUGUGAUGAAAUUCUUGUUUUAAAUGUUGUUAAUUCAAAGUCAGUCUUUGCGAGGCUUGAUAAAACCGAAAUGCGUGAAGCAAGAACAAGAUCAAAUCCUUUUGAAACGAUUCGAGGAUCAAUUUUUCUCAAUAGAGCCGCUGUCAAAAUGGCUAAUAUAGACAAAGCUUGUAAUUUUAUGUUCACCGAGCCACCUAACGUUAAGUCAAACGAGUUACUCUAUUUUGCAGAUGUUUGUGCAGGGCCAGGAGGAUUUAGCGAGUAUGUUUUGUGGAGAAAGAAAUGGCACGCUAAAGGCUUUGGUUUCACACUUAAAAAUGAAAAUGAUUUUAAGCUUCAUGAUUUUUACGCUGGCCCUUGUGAGACUUUCCAUCCUUAUUAUGGCCCUAAAAAUGAUGGUAAUGUAUUUGAUCCAGAAAAUCAAAUAGCUUUGAAGGACUUAAUAAUGUCACAAACAGAAAAUAUGGGAGUUCAUUUUAUGAUGUCCGAUGGAGGUUUUUCAGUAAAAGGACAAGAAAAUCUGCAAGAAAUACUUUCAAAGCAAUUAUAUCUUUGCCAAUGCUUAGUAGCGUUGAUGAUUGUCAGGGUUAAUGGUCACUUUGUUACAAAGGUAUUUGAUUUAUUUACUCCAUUCAGUGUUGGACUUGUUUACAUAAUGUAUCGCUGUUUCAAAAGAAUUAGUAUUUUUAAACCAAAUACCUCUAGACCAGCUAAUUCUGAACGAUACUUAAUAUGCGAAGGAAAAUUACCUAACGUUGGUCAUAUAAUUGAUUAUCUAUUUAAAACCAAUAAAAGAUUAUUAGAAAAUAGCAAAACAAAUGACAUUCUUGAAUUAAUACCAGUAGAAAAACUAUUAUCGGACAAUAAAUUCUUUGAUUAUGUAAAAAGUUCUAAUGAACUAAUAGCUCAAAGACAAAUUAUUGGCCUGAAAAAGAUAGCUGCUUACACAGAAAAUAAAAAUCUAAUUGAAAGUAAGCAAGCAAUUAUGCGAGAACAAUGUUUAAAAUACUGGGGGUUACCCAAUCAAGCACGUACUGUACCACGUCGCAUAGAUCCCCUUACAAAAGCACAAAUGUUAUUACAAGAUGCAUUAAGUGUAUUAGAAAAAAGCUCCUAUAAAUACGCUACAAAGCUUUCAGCAGAAAAUGUAAAAAGUACAGUGUUGCUUAAUCACUGUAAUUGGUAUUGCAUGCCUAGUUCGUGUGGACCAAAUUCUCCAGUAGAGAAUUAUACAACAUUUUAUUUAGGAAUGGGACGGUCUCAAAUAUAUAAAUAUACCGAUAGAGGCCAUUGGGAACAAGUUAAUGAUCUAUUAAUUGAAUUACCACGCAAAACUUUAAUUUAUGCAGAAAUGGUUGCAGAAAUGAGAAGAGAAGAGCGAAGUUUAACAAAAACUUACGGGUUACAUAUUUUUGAUGCUUUUGUAUUAGGAGGACAAAAUAUAUCUGGAGAAUAUUUCAUUGAUAGGUUAGAGCUUAUAGAAUUAUUUUGCAAAGCACUUUGGAAACCAAUAGACAGAAGGUUUGGUUCAGUACGAGUAAAGGAAUUUUUUCCAAUUAAUUGUGAUAUUGCCAAAAAUUUAACUGUUAAAAUAAAAAUUAUGAAAAAUGGUACGAAAGCAAACGGAUACUAUCCAAAAAAGUAUUCCUAUGAAAAUGAUAAUGACGAGGCAUAUUACUAUGUUUUAAGAAGCAUUGUAUUUUUCAAAAACACAAUACACCCUUGGACCUGCCACUAUAGCUCUCAUAAACAACAAAUGUAUUUUUAUAACCAAAUAAACAACGAUUCUCUAUGGAAAUUACCAAGUGUAGGAAUAGCUAAUUUUGCCCAAACAAUACAAACGCGAAUAAUUUGGAAUUGGGCAUCAGAUAAAUUACUCGAUAUGAAUAAGUUUAUCGAACUUUUAAAUACAACCAGUAAAUCCUUUAAAAAGACCUAAUUAAUU